AUGAAUCGAUGUUUGAUAAAAACUGUUGAAUAUGGCGCUCUUCUUGGUCUUCAUGAACUGAAACGUGCAUCUUUAAAAGAUAAUCUACUCCAAACUCUGCCGUCAUUCAUUGUGUUACUUCCAAACCUGGAGGAGGCGAACUUCCAAUCCAACAGGAUAAACUCACUCCAAAUCCAAGAUGUCAGCAAUGCCACCAUGACAAAUACCUAUUUCGAUUUAAACCUGAGGGAAAAUCACGUCACCGAAAUAACAAACUCGGAUUUUCUUCCCUUCGAAUCAGUGCAUUAUCUUGCCGUUGAUCUCAGCGAGAAUCAGAUUUCAAAAAUAGCCACAGAAGCCUUCCGACCAAUCAAACGCUUUGUUUCAUUCGGCAUAGGGAAGAACAGCAUCGGUGAUGUGAUAUUUACGAGGUUAAGGCACACGCAGAUUGAAACUCUCGAUUUGUCUUAUUGUCAAAUAAACAUCUCUGAGCUAAAUUCAUCAGUUUUGAGACCCCUCUCUAAUUCAAAUGUACGCGAACUUCGCCUCAGCGGUAACAGGAUAUCGGCAAUCGCUUCAGACGUAUUUCAAUCUUUGCCGGUUAUUGAAAAAUUGGAUCUAAGUUCGAGUAAAAUUGCCACCAUGCAAAGAAAUUUCAAGACAAUGUCGUCGACGUUGAGGGAAUUGGAUAUUAGUAUCAACCUUUUCUCAGAUUUAGAACUUUUUAAAUCAGUAACUCUCAGCUUCCCGAAACUUCAAAAAUUAGUUGCCAGGCACAACGAGUUCGUGACGGUAAACACAGUGAUUUUUCCUCCUCACCAGCAUCUGAAAGUACUGGAUCUGUCGUAUAAUCGCUUAUAUGGAUAUCUCAACUUCACGCUCCUGACCAACCUACGUGAGUUGUAUUUAAAUGGGCUCUUUGGAAUUUUGCCUUAUCCCUACACACAUCCGGGCCUUCAUCUAUUAAUAGUCCAAAACAUGACGUCACUAGUAAAAUUGCAGUACACGCACAACAAGGCUUGUGUACUGAGACACCACAUGAAUACAUCUGUAUUCGAAGGAUUAUCGACUAUUCGUGAAAUAGAUCUUACAGGUAAUUCUCUGUUCUGUAUGAUGAAAAAUGAGAUAUUUCCUCACAUUUUUAAAUCACAGUGUCCAGUACGGAAACUAAUCUUAGCUUCGAAUAGUAUCUCUAAACUCCCAAAAAACGUGUUCUCCAAUUUGCCUCACUUGCAACACUUGGACUUGUCGGACAAUAACAUGGAAAACGUCGGCGCCGUGUUUGAUUCUCUGACUUCGCUCGUUUUUUUGAAUCUUAGAAAAAACAAACUGGUGAAUUUCGAUAUAACUGCUGUAUUAAGAAUGAAUCAACUUCACCACCUCAAUAUUGAGCUCAAUCGAUUUGUAUGUAGCUGCGAUUCCAGUUCGUUUUCUAAGUGGCUUCGUCAUACAACCACAUACGUAAAUGGAGCAAGACAGAAAUGUAGCGAGCCGGCCGAGUACCAAAACACCGCCCUGGAGGACUUUAACCCGCCUUGGAUUACAUGCGGAAACCACCUGAUCACUGUAGUCUUCUGUUGUAUCGGGGCCGGUGUUGUGGUGAUUGGAGCAGUGGCAGGUCUUGUGGCCUACUUUCGACUUGACAUUGUAUAUUGGUGGCAUCUAAAAAGACUUAACCGUCGGCGGCACGGAUAUAUCCGCUGCGGCGAUGGGCAAGUACAGUACGAAUAUGACGCAUUUGUCGCUCACAGCAGCAGGGAUGAGGAGUGGGUCGUGCGGCAGUUUCUCCCGCACGUGGAGGGUCAAGGUCAAGGACGACGCAUUGCCCAAGGUCAUUAUCAGGGACAAGGUAAUGACCAAGGUCAGGACAUCGUCUUUAACGUAUGUAUCCAUUCAAGGAACUUCCUACCGGGCGAUUACAUCAUAGAUAGCAUAGUGGAGAAAAUGGAGGCGAGCAAGGUGGGGAUAUUGAUCAUCUCGCAGCAUUUCCUUGAGAGUGAUUGGUGUCGUUACGAGGUCGACAUUGCUCAGGCCAAGGUACUGCGCGAGAGGCGUAAAUCGCUCAUUGUGGUGUUUCUAGAGAAGAUCCCACCCGAUCAACUCCCCAAGACGCUGCGGCUCAUGAAACGUCACGUGACCUACUUGGAGUGGCCGGAGGAGGAGAAUGACGGAAAAAAGGAAGAAUUCUGGAAAAAGUUGAAACUUGCUCUGUUAAAGAAAACUCGGCAAAUUGAUGAAGCUUUAAAUAUAGAGGAAGAGCAAGUGUGA